UAUCUGGGUGGGGAUGGUGGCCCUCAUGGUGCCCAACCUCUAUGACCAUUCUGAAGAGCACAGAAGCCAAUAUCUAAUUUGUCUGAAAGCAUUUCAAAGGUACCCACUAGUCCUGACUUGACUAUUUGAUUUUGCCACAUUGUAUCACCUGUACUUCUUGUUGUCUCACCUCCCUGCCUCUCCUUUUCCGAGACUCAAAAUGAUCUGUGGGCUUGUUUUGUGUCCCUGCCCAAUCAGGACCUUAUCUGGACCCUAAAUGUCACCAACAGGAACCAGUUAAAUGCUCUGAAGCCUGGUACUGUCUCUCCCCUUCUCUAUAGUGUUUUUGUCAGUCAGUACCAAAAACUCACUAUUCCAGUGGAGUGGACAUACUUUUUGUGGACAUCCUUUUUGUACUACAUUGAGUCCGCCUAACCAUUUCCCUUUUCCUCCUCUCUUCCAGUUUGCACAGACACCUCUUGUCGAAGGUGCAUGGUAUGGAUUUGGGGGAGGGGUAGGGUUAUGGAUACGUAACCUAGACCCCCUCUGUUGCUCUCAACCACUCUUUAUGUUUGACUUGCUGGGUUUCGGACGGAGCUCCAGACCCCAAAUUCCCCAUGGACUCAGCAAUGGCUGAGGAGCAGUCAGUUAGCACUGAAGGCAUGAUCCUAUUGGGUCACAGUCUGGGCGGCUAAUUAGCAACAUCCUAUGCCAUUCAAUACCCUGAGAAGUUUACAUUGACACACUCUUUAGUGGCUAAUCUUUAGCUUUAUGAAAAGCAUAUGAACUUGGAGUAACAUGGCUCAUUCUUCCUUUCCCUAUCCAAGUCAGUCACCUGAUUCUUGUUGACCCCUGGGGCUUCCAGCCCAUGCCUGUGGAUGCAACCUCAGGAUCGACCAGACCAGGCUGCCCUUGCUGGGUAGAGGCCCUAAUAGCCUUUUCCACUCUCUUCAACCCACUGGCAUUGAUCCGAGCCGCAGGACCU